UCUGGAUUUCUGCUCUUUGCUUCUGGAAGCAUGGAUCCGGAAACGGCUAUGGAGUUGGUUAAGCACGGAGCAACGUUUCUCUCCCUCGACGUUCCUCAGUACACGGUCGUCGGCAUCGACACUCAGGUGUUUUCCGUCGGGCCUAACUUUAAGGGUAUCAAGAUGAUUCCGCCUGGAGUUCAUUUCCUGUUCUACAGUUCGUCGACCAGAGAUGGCAAGGAGUUCUCUCCAAUUAUUGGGUUCUUCAUUGAUGUCAGCCAAUCUCAGGUUGUUGUUCGGAAGUGGAAUCAGCAAGAGGAACGCUUAGUUAAGGUGUCCGAAGAAGAGGAAGAGAGAUACAGCCAAGCAGUUAAAAAUUUGGAAUUUGACCAGCGUCUUGGUCCAUAUGAUCUGAGCCAUUAUGGAGAUUGGAAGAGGUUAUCUAAUUACAUCACAGAGAAUACAAUAGAACAACUAGAACCAAUUGGAGGGGAGAUUACAGUUACCUGUGAAUCUACGAUGGGAAAAAACACUCCUAAAACAGCUAUGGAGAAAACUUUAGAUGAGCAGUUGAGAAAUAGUAAAUUCUCAACCUCCACUGAGAUACCUCAGAAGAGAGGAUGCUAUUACACCUCGAUUCCACGUGUCAUAAAACGCAAAGGAAUACAAGGUGAACAACUUACAUCUUUGAAUCUUGACAAGACACAACUAUUGGAGACCUUGCUAGAAAAGGAGUAUGGAGGCUUUGAAGACUCCCUUCUGGGAGAGCUGCAAUUUGCAUUUAUAGCCUUUUUGAUGGGACAAUCACUUGAAGCGUUCAUCCAGUGGAAAUCUUUGGUUAGCCUUUUAUUUGGCUGUACUGAAGCUCCUUUCCGCACUAGGAGUCAGAUGUUCACAAAGUUCAUUAAGGUUUUAUACUAUCAACUGAAAUAUGGUCUUCAGAAAGAUCGGACUGUUGAAGAGACAGGAGCUUCAGCUUUGUUAGAUGAUUCAUGGUUUUCUUCUGAUAGCUUUUUGCACCGGCUUUCCAAGGAUUUCUUUUCACUGUUGCAAGAUGCUUCUGUAGUUGAUGGAGAUCUUUUAUCAUGGGCAAGGAAACUUAAAGAGCUACUUGAAAACAGCUUAGGAUGGGAGUUUCAGCAGAAAAGUGCAGUUGAUGGAAUUUACUUUGAGGAGAAUGAUGAGUAUGCUCCUGUGGUUGAGAUGUUGGAUGCUUAGAUUAGACCUGUGCAUGGCAGAUUAGAAAGCUCCAUCAUGAUUGCCAUCAUCCUGCUAACCUCUUAAACUAAUAUCUGAUGUAUCAUGACAUCCUCGUGUGUUGAUGUUCAGUUGUUGUAAGGAGCACCUUUGUUUACUUCAAAGUUACCCUCAUAUCCUUUUGAUUAGAAGGAACACAAUUUUGUAUCAAAUUUUGCGUGUCUAUUGUAUAAACCGUUUCAUCUUGUAGUCUGUUUUAGCAUCUAACGUAGGCACAUUUGCCCUUGCAUCCUUCAUUUGAAGUGAAAAGAAAAGAAAACAACGAUC